AUGGGCAGAGACAUUGUCGCAUUGGACGACCUUACCGUAAACAACGUCGGAACAUUCCAGAAAAUUAAUGAAGUAGUGUUGCCCUCUCGUUACGAUGCUGCAUGGUACCAGGAAGCAGUGACACCGGGACAAAUCACCAAAUUGGCAUUUUAUGCUGAAAUACCAGUGGGAGCUAUAAAAGCCAGAGCAUUUAACAAUACCCACAAGAUCAGUCUGCUCGAACUGUUGUUGCGUUUCCAAUUGCCUUCCAAGAACAUACCUAAUGCUAUCUACAUUGAAAGUUUUGCCGUAUUAGAAAAGUACCGUGGAUUGGGCAUUGGCAGUAAAUUGUUGAACUACGUUAUUGAAGAGACAAAAUCGAGAUUCAUUCAUGAGAUUUAUAUUCAUGUCCAUGUGGAUAAUAAGGAGGCCAUUGAAUGGUACUUGAAAAAGGGAUUCGUCAAAAAGGAUGAAGUCAUCAAGGAUUAUUACAAGAGCUUAGAAAUACCAAACCCUGAUGCCUACAUCAUGACUUUGGCAGUAUAGUUUGGCUCGACACUUUUUUUUAUUAUUAUGUAUAUAUAUAUAUAUAAAUAUAUUCUAAUCAG